GCAGGCCAGCCAUGAGAGGGUACCUGGUGGCCAUAUUCUUGAGUUCCAUCUUCCUCUAUUAUGUGCUACACUGUAUCCUGUGGGGAACUAAUGGCUAUUGGGUACCACCUGUGGAAAUGAAGAGUAAAAAUAUCAAGAAGUGUCCAAAAAAGCCAGCUUUCGCCUCUCUCCUAAAGUUUCCUCAGUUUUACCCGUUUCUGUGUGCAACUGACUUUACAAAGAUUGCUUCCAAGUACGGUACUACUAAUUUUGUUUUGCCCUAUGGGAUAAAGGGAUCAGUGGAAUAUUUUCGAGUGGUCCUUCCAAAGCUGAAGAACUGUGCUCUCUUUGAUGAGUUUGACAAUGUGCCGUGUAAAAGAUGUGUGGUGGUUGGUAAUGGAGGAGUGUUGAAGAAUAAGACAUUAGGAGAAAAAAUCGACUCCUAUGAUGUAAUAAUAAGAAUGAAUAACGGUCCUGUUUUAGGACAUGAAGAGGAUGUUGGGAGAAGGACAACCUUCAGACUUUUUUAUCCAGAGUCUAUCUUUUCAGACCCCGUUCACAAUGAUCCAAAUACCACAGCCGUUCUCGUUGUCUUUAAGACACAGGACUUAAAGUGGCUCUUGGAUGUAAUGAGUGGAGCCAGAAUAAACACUCAUGUGUUUUGGAAGAUGCCAGCCUUAAAGUUGAUCUAUGAACAAUACCAAGUCAGAGUAUUAGAUCCGUACAUUAUCAGAGAAGCAGCUUAUCAACUGCUUCAUUUUCCCAAAGUGUUUCCCAAAAAUCAGAAACCCAAACACCCUACAACAGGAAUUAUUGCCAUCACACUGGCAUUUCACAUAUGCAGUGAAGUUCACCUCGCUGGUUUUAAGUACAACUUUAACAACCCAAACAGUUCUUUACACUACUAUGGGAAUGCCACUAUGUCUUUGAUGAACAAGAAUGCAUAUCACAAUGUGACUGCUGAGCAGCUCUUUCUAAAGAGCAUUAUAGAGAAAAAUAUGGUAAUCAACUUGACUCAAGAUUGACCAAACAGAUGAAAUACGCUAAAAAGUAUUAGUUUUAUUUUUGUAUUGCAAAUUUUAGUUUAUUUUGAAACGUGUUGAAUGAACUCAAUUAUGUAUGUUAAAUCUGUUGCUGCCUGGUGAUUUAUAACCACCAGCUUAAUUCUGUGAAUAUAUUUAUGAAAUAUAAAAAAUACCCUUUAGUCAACAA